AUGGCGUUAGAUCCCCUCAUCACAGCUGCCUUCGGACCACCACCAGAAGGUGUUGACUUGGCCGAAAACCAGGCGACCAAAAACAAUUCCAUCGUCAUUGUUCUUCUCGCAAUUGCCGCUCUUUCUGUUGCUAGUCGUUUGAUUGCCCGUGGCAAGUACGGCCCUGGUCUGAGCCUCGAUGACUAUGCCAUUGUGAUAGCUUUGAUACUUGUGGCCGCCACGGCAGGAAUGGUCAUAGCAAUUGGUCAAGCUGGAGCUGGUCGUCAUGUUUGGGCUCUCGGUGUAGAUGAUCUGGUUCAGACAUCCGAGUUGUUAUACAUCUAUAGUUUUAUCUUCUGUACCGCGGUAUUCACGACCAAGAUCUCGAUCCUCCUCUUCUACUGGCGCGUUUUCAUGGGUAACGUGCUAUCCUUUCGGCUUUCCAUGUGGAUAGGUGCCCUUCUCGUCGGCUCAUAUGCUGUCUACUUCAUGAUAACAAUAGGGUUUUGUUGCAACCCCCUUUCUCACUACUGGACUCAAUUUUACGGCACUGUAGGAACGUGUAUAGACGUAGGCCGCUUCUUCUUUAUUUUGGCCAUUAUCAAUCUCUCCACAGAUGUGAUACUGCUCGCCAUUCCGGUACCUGAGAUUCUCAGGCUUCAAAUGACCAAGGAGAAGAAGGUUGUCGUCUGUGGCAUUCUCAGCCUGGGAGGCUUCGCCGUUCGAGUUCACUACCUCAAGCAGUUUUCUACGGCAACCGAUAUAACAUGGAUGAUGGGUCCCGUGGCUAUCUGGUCUUCAGUCGAGCCUUCUGUGGGUAUCCUUUCUGCCUGUCUUCCUAGCUUCAAGCCAUUGCUCAGGGCGAUACGGGGGAGAAAGAUCGACUCCAGCAGCUUGGACGGGAAGGGGUCGACUUACCCGUUGGGAUCGAGGGGAACUCGAAGCACAAGACCUAGGUUAAGAUUAGAUGAUGAGAUUGCCUUACAGAGUCGAAUAGUCGGUGGCGAAGGCUGUGGAAGUGUACAUAGCGGGCAUGACAGCGAGUUCGGACGUCAUAUUCAUGUCAAGACUGAUUUCAAACAGAUCAUCAACGGGGAUAAAUAA